CUCUCCGGUCGCGUCUUUCGCACCCGCACCCGCCGCCAUGGAGGCCAUCAAGAAGAAGAUGCAGAUGCUCAAGCUGGACAAAGAGAAUGCCCUGGACCGGGCAGAGCAGGCUGAGUCCGAACAGAAGCAAGCUGAAGAGAGGAGCAAGCAGUUGGAAGAUGAACUGGCUGCCAUGCAGAAGAAGCUGAAGGGGACAGAGGAUGAACUGGACAAAUAUUCUGAGGCUCUCAAAGACGCACAGGAGAAGCUGGAGGUGGCUGAGAAGAAGGCCGCAGAUGCUGAAGCAGAAGUGGCUUCCCUGAACCGCCGCAUCCAACUGGUGGAGGAGGAGCUGGACCGAGCUCAGGAGCGCCUUGCGACGGCCUUGCAGAAGCUGGAGGAAGCUGAGAAAGCUGCAGACGAGAGCGAGAGGGGCAUGAAGGUCAUUGAGAACAGAGCCCUGAAAGAUGAGGAGAAGAUGGAGCUGCAGGAGAUCCAGCUGAAGGAGGCCAAGCACAUUGCCGAGGAGGCUGACAGGAAGUACGAGGAGGUUGCCCGUAAACUGGUGAUCAUCGAGGGAGACCUGGAGCGUACCGAGGAGAGGGCCGAGCUGGCAGAGUCCCAUUGCCGGGAGCUGGAGGAGCAGAUCCGGUUGAUGGACCAAAACUUGAAGUUCCUUGCUCAGGCUGAAGAAAAGUACUCCCAGAAAGAGGACAAGUAUGAAGAGGAGAUCAAGAUCUUGACUGACAAGCUCAAGGAGGCUGAGACUCGGGCCGAGUUUGCAGAGAGAUCAGUAGCCAAGCUGGAGAAGACCAUCGAUGACUUGGAAGAUAAACUGAAAUGCACCAAAGAGGAGCAUCUCUGCACACAAAGGAUGUUGGACCAGACCCUCCUCGACCUGAACGACAUGUAAAAGACCCGCCAGCCAGCCAGCCAGCCAGCCAGCUUCCCCUUGCUCUCCCCUUUCCCCCCCCCCCCCAAAACUGCCUUUUUUUGUAGCCACUCGAACAGCGAGAUCUCUGCUGGGGCAGGCUGUCGUCUUAAAAGCUGACCUCUAACCCUUGGAGGGGGUCGGGGUCAAAGGUUUAAAAAAAAACGCCACAACCAUUGUUGCCAACUUAACCAAAAUGCCAAUCCACGCCCGUCUCCAAGGCUUACGGGCCACUGGGGUGGGUGGGCGAAGCCCCCCCCCCCCAGCAGUUCUAUUAAGGGAAAACAAAAACAAAAAAAAUCUGCGCACAAAACACAAAUGCUCUUUUUUUAGGGAGGGCGUAUCUGAGAUGUAAACUUUUUGUAAUAAACUGGGGGCGGGGCGUGUUUUUAGCGAACAUUCCAUGUGACUCCCAAAGCUCAUAAAGCUGAAGGGCUAAUUCUGGACUAAUUCUGCUCUCUCUUACUCUCCCCCCCGCCACACCCAUUGGAUCACCAGCUUUAUCAGGGGGUAGCUAAUCUCUCUGUCCUCCCCCCCCUCCCCUCGAAGAGAAGGAAGCCUCACCUGUCUUUGGAAUUCGCUAGGGGGAGCUCACCUCUGCACAAAAUCAGUCUUUUCGACUUUUUUGGAAUCUCAGAAUCUUUGAUUCGAGCGAUGUUGCGGGUUUGGGGGUGGUGGCGGUGGUGGUAUUUUUUUUUUUUUUUGCCAAAGUACAAUAUUAACUCCUGUGCUUUAAGGCUAUCGCUAGUAUGGAAAAACAGCCGUAUCAUUAAUAUGAAAUUUCUUUUCUUUUUUUUUUAAAUCUGCCAUUCUCUUCCCCCGCCAACACAUUCCUUACCUGUUCUCUGGGCACGUCCUCAGGUGCCCUCUUUCUUCGGUCACCAUCUCGAGUUCUGUCACACCUGGUCAGUAAGUAAACUGCGAUUCCCUGGCCUGCCUCAUUCGAUCCAGGAACUCUUCCCCCCCCCCCCCCCCCAGCUAGGCUUUCGCUUUCUCUGUGCUUGGUAAAAGCUUCGUAGCUUCUGCGUGGAGGCUGGAGGGGGCAGGGGGAGGAUUUGGUCACGGCAAGGGCGGGGCUUCUCCCCCCCUCCUCCACCCCCCAGCCGGGAGCUAUCUUAACUGUCUUAACUACACACGAAAAAAAAACAAAACUGGAUGCCAGCUACCGUGUCGCUCUCGUGACUCUUGAUCCGUCAAGGCGUUCUCGCAUUUGUGUAACCCUCCCGUGGCUCGACAGAGGGAAAAAGCGCUCUGGCUGCGGUAGCUUUUGGGGCCAGCGUGGAGAAAUAAGGAACCAUAUCAAGUGUUUUGAUACUAAAAAAAAAGAAAGAAGAAAAACCUCUUUGUCUUUUAUUGUGUCUUAUAUUUUUUUGGAAAUAAACAGAUGCAUUCCCUCCA